GCCAGCCGAAAUUUAAGUAUAAAAAGAUUUAAAAUGGUGGCAAUCGGAGUCGAGGUUUGACCGAUAAACAACAACAAAUAUCCGAAACCAUGAAACCGUUCCUGUUUGCCUUCUUUGUGGCUCUGGCCUCAGCACGUCCGGAACCUCCGGUGGGCUACAACUACCCCUCACCCUCCUCGGGACACAUCGGAGGCAUUGGCUCAUUGGGAGGCGGUUCAUUGGGAGGCGGUCACGCUUUAGGAGGCGGUAGCUUCAUUGGUGGUGGACACUCAGGACUAGGAAUCUCCGGUGGUGGACACUCUGGACCAGGAAUCUCUAGCGGUUUCGACAGCUCGUCAAGCUUCUCCGGAGGCGGCUCCGGUUUCGGUAGCGGUAUCGGUUUUGGUGGAUUCGAUCAAUCCGCUGCCGCCGGUCCAACGGUACAUAAACACGUUUACGUGCACGUUGCCCCCGAAGAGCCUGAGCAGCCACAGGCACCAAGGAUCCUUCCAGUUGCCGCCCCUCAGAAGCAUUACAAGAUUAUCUUCAUUAAAGCUCCAAGUCCACCUACUCCAACUGCCCCGAUAAUCCCUGCUCAACCGCAGAACGAAGAGAAGACCUUGGUGUACGUUUUGGUGAAAAAGCCGGAAGAGCAACCGGAAAUCGUCGUGCCUACUCCAGCUCCAACGCAGCCCAGCAAACCGGAAGUCUACUUCAUCAAGUACAACACUCAGAAGGAAACUGUAUCUGGGGGACAUGGUGGUGGUGCCGUUGGUAUCUCUGGUGGUAAUGGAGGAGAUCUCUCCGGAGCUGAUCUGUCUGGUCUUGGAGGUCACGAUGGAGGACAUGGAGGUUCCUUUGGUGGUGCUGGAGUAGACUCUGCAUCUGGCAGUUACUCUUCUGCCGGUGCUUCCACCAAAUACGGACCACCUGGAUACCAUAAAUAAGCCAAAAGUCGCUUAUUUUUAACAAAUAUCCUAGCACAACAUGUUUAAAUGCACUUUAUUUAUUGAACUUAAUGUUUAGUGGCUGACUCGUUGUGGUGUAUUAUAUAUGACCUGUGAUUAAUGUUGAUGUGAGCUUCACUUAAUAGGGGAGUUUAAUGUUGUAUAUAGUCAAUAUUUUUAUUCUUUAAUUAUAUAUUUGCUUUAAUUUGUAGAUUAAGACACGGUGACAAAUGAUUUUUAAAUAAAUAUUAUUUUUUUAGUGAA